UAGCGGGAGCGGAGGGGAGAUGGAAGCCCACAGGCUGCCAACGAACAAGUCAAUUUUGUAAUUCCGCUUUUCUUCCAGUUGUAUGAAUCCCCGAAGCUUCUUGUCGGUUGAUUUCAUUAACGUCGCCGUUUGUGUUCUCUCUCACCUGUUUUUUCUACGCCUGCUGUGGGCUAGAAACCCGUGAAAAUGGGGAGCGACGACAAAGCUGUGAUCACAGGGUUUAUUUGUCGCCUCUGUUCAAGGAUGAACCGUUUUGUCGUUCACAUCUACGGAGAUGAGGGCGUACAGAUGCAAUUGGCUCAAAAGAUUAACGUUUAUCUCCCGAUAACGGUGAAUCCCAAUGAUCCACUUCCCAAAACAGUGUGUAUAUCCUGUAUUGACAGCCUGGAGGCACAGCAUGAGCUCAUGGAACAGUUUAAGUGGGCACGACGUAGAGUGCAAAGCGCAGGAAAGACCCCAACAGCACAGGAAUGUGCUAGACAUCACUCACCUAGACCUCCUGAUGAUGUUCGAACUCAGUCUGUCAUCGUGAGUCCAUCAGACAUAAGCAGAAGUUCGAGACACACUGACAGCCCAAGACCUCAAAACCAAAGUGCCCAGUCUGCAUCAUCAGCAAGCCAUAAUUAUGAUUCGUCUACAUCAGAACCACAUUGAAAAAUCAUCUUCUUUAUUUGUAUCAUGUUUCACCUUCUCUUUUAUUAAAUUAUUCUGUCUAUGCUGUGUGCAGCAGUGCUUUUAACAAUCACUCAAUAAUGGUCAUGUUCUGUUAGAGUUUCUUGUAACAUUAAACCUAAAAUUUAUUACUUGUAAUCAGUGUCUGUUUCCUUAUGUGUGAAUAACUUGAGUUAAAACUUCAAAACAUGUAGCAAAAUGCUGCCAAUUUGUUUUAAACAUACGGAAAGAGGUCUUCUUUCUCACUGUUCUACAAAAUAUAGGUAAUGCACUGUUCGUCAUCUUGGAGAAAAUGCUAUUUUCUUCAGGAAUCAUAAAUUUUUUGUUCUUUCUAUCUUAUCCUCUUUGUACUUUUAAUGAAAGCAUUGAAGAGCAAGGAGACUUGGCUGUGAAACUUAGUUUGAUCAUUACCUUAUUUUGUAGAUUAAAGGUCUUCAUUUUGUUUGUAUGUAUGUGGGUAGCUAAGUUUGGGAAAGAUUUGCUAAUGAGUUAAAAUAAUUUCAUGAUAAUAAUACUUUCACCUCAUCUGUUUUCGUCCCCUUCUUUUCUUGUGAUAUUAUUUAAGUCUUAUGUUUUCUGUGUUUUUCGUUCUUAUUGCAUGAAUGGAAGAGAAACAAAAUUAUCAUCUUUAAGUUUAUUAUUUAAUUACAAUUUGUUAACCAAUGUAGUGGAGCAGUAGACCCUAAUAAUACUUUGUGUGUGAUACUGGCUCAUUGCAAAUCAUAACAACUGGAAUAAAAGGAUACUCAAUAUUCA